AUGCUUUCCUCCACGCGAUUCACGGCUUCAAUGGCCCUCCGAGCCAAGCCUACGACUGCCCUCGUUCCGUUCCGAACAGCUGCCGCCGCCUUCACCACCAACUCUCGCCGCGAUGCGAGCGCCGUUCAGAGCCAUUCGGCCACCACAGGUUUAGGAAAGGUCCGCAGAGAGGUCCCGCUUCCCAGCGAGGCACCUGGAAAGGGUGCUCUGCAAUAUGCGCUUACCACACUUGAUGCUGUCACCAAUUGGGCUCGUCAGUCCUCCCUCUGGCCUAUGACCUUCGGUCUGGCCUGCUGUGCCGUCGAAAUGAUGCAUCUUUCCACCCCACGAUACGAUCAGGAUCGCCUCGGUAUCAUUUUCCGUGCUUCGCCUCGACAGUCUGAUGUCAUGAUUGUUGCCGGUACUCUUACGAACAAGAUGGCUCCUGCUCUUCGACAGGUUUACGAUCAGAUGCCUGAGCCCCGCUGGGUUAUUUCCAUGGGAUCUUGCGCCAACGGUGGUGGAUACUACCAUUACAGCUACGCUGUCGUACGAGGUUGUGACCGCGUAGUCCCCUGCGAUGUGUACGUGCCUGGAUGCCCUCCAACGAGUGAGGCAUUGAUGUACGGUAUUUUCCAGCUGCAAAGGAAGAUGAGGAACACUCGCAUCACCAGAGCCUGGCACCGAAAGUAA